GGUGGAUAGAAACAGGUUCUCUGAAGAGAAAAGAGGCAACCAAUAAAGAGAUUCACAGUGAGUCGGAGGCAUCUACGAGCCAGAUUCCAAAUAAAAAAACUAAGAAAAGGAGGGUGAAGAGAAAAUACGACGAAAGCUACUUAGCAUUAGGUUUCAGCUACACCGGGCCCGAAGACGAGCCGUUGCCCGUUUGCCUUUGUUGCUACGAGGCACUGGCUAACGAGAGCAUGAAACCAUCAAAUCUUCGCCGGCAUCUGGAAACGUCUGCAAAGCAACAUCAUCCAUCUCAUUAGAAUGUUCGUCACACCAGGAAGCGACAAACAUGGACAUGCGAAAGAGAUUCAGACGAGUUGGAGAGUAAAAAUAACGCGUUCAUCUUCAUAACGUGUUGCGAUUGAACACGGGAUCAUUUGUAAUAUUUGUGAUGAACAUUACUGAAGGAAAGUAUCUGCUGUGGAUGAGAAUCCGGAGUGUUAAAACUGGAUUAUUAAACUGAAAGUGAAACUGUAAAGGACAGAUCUGUGAAAUGGCGUCUAAACUUUCUGAGGAGGAUUUCUCUUGUCCUGUGUGCCGUGACAUUUUUACAAAUCCUGUUGUCCAGUCCUGUGGUCACAAUGUGUGUGAAGAGUGUAUUCAGAAGUUUUGGGAAAGUAAAGAAUCUAAAGAAUGUCCAGUUUGCAGAAGAAGAUCGUCAAAGGAGAUUCCUCCAGUAAAUUUCACUUUGAAGAACCUGUGUGAGACUUUCAGGACAGACAAAACUCACAAAGCUGUGAUCGAUAAUAAGAUGGCUACAUCAGAAGAUGACUCUGUUAUAACUCAGGACGAGCUGGAAGAUCUUAAAGAAUUGAUAUCUACUCAGGAUCUGUCAUCAGCUGUUGACACCAUCAAACAUUUCCUCGACCAGCAAGAUCAUGUUGAACUUAAUAUUGCUGUGACGGGGGAAUCUGGUUCUGGAAAGUCCACAUUUAUCAAUGCUUUUAGGGGUUUGGGAGAUGACGAUGAGGAUUCAGCUGAAACUGGUGUAGUGGAGAUCACUAAAGAACCCAAAGCUUACAAACACCCAAAAUAUAAAAAUGUGAAACUCUGGGAUCUCCCUGGAAUCAGAACACUAAAGUACCUUAAACUUGUUCAGUUUGAGCGCUAUGAUUUUUUCAUCAUCAUCGCUUCAGAUCGUUUCAGAGAAUGUCACGCUGACCUGGUCAAAGAGAUCAAGAGAAUGAAGAAGAAUUUCUAUUUUGUUCGUUCCAAGAUUGACUCCAGUAUUGAUGCUGAAAGAAGAAAGAAAAACUUUGAUGAGAAAAAGACGCUGGACAACAUACGAGAGGACUGUGUUAACGGUCUGAGAGAGAUCGGUGUAGAGGAUCCUUUUGUGUUCUUGAUUUCUAGUUGGGAUCUCAACAAGUAUGAUUUUAAUUCACUGCAUGAGAGGAUGGAGACUGAACUCCCAGAACACAAGAGACAUGUGCUGAUGUUGACUGUACCAAAUAUCACACCAGAGAUUAUUGAGAGAAAGAAGAAAUCUCUAGAGAAAGACAUAUCAAGAGUAGCUUUAUUAUCUGCGUGUGGGGCUGCAGUUCCUGUUCCUGGUCUUUCAGUCGCUGUAGAUAUAGCUCUGUUAGUAAAUGAGAUACAAAAGUACAAGACUGCAUUUGGUCUGGAUGAUGAAUCUCUGAAGAGGAUCAGUGAAAGAUCUGGGAAGAGUAUUGAGUUUCUAAAGAGUGUGAUGAAAUCAGGAGUGUGUGAAGAAAUAACUACUGCUUCAAUUAUUCUUCUGCUGAGACAAAGCUCUCUUUAUGUAGCAGAAGAAGCUGUUGAGCGUGUUGUUAGUUUUAUACCCAUUAUAGGAUCUGCCCUGGCUGCAGGAUUGCCUUUUGUGGCAGUUUCAUACAUGCUGAAGAAAAUACUGAAAGAAAUAGCUGAAGAUGGCAAGAAUGUGCUGCUGGCAUCACUGAAUAAUCCAACGGAAUUAAAUCAGACAGAUUUUAGGCUCAAGUAGCUUCAUUUCUACCAGCGUUCA